AUGGAUGUCUUCGCAAAGAUACCGACUGAGCUUGUUGCUGCAAUCUUAGCAGAUCUUCCCGAUUUCAAAAGUCUUCAUAACAUCGUCAGAGCUUCUCCGGGAGUCUAUCGGUUCCUCAAUAGUCCAUUGGGCGUCGCGAUUCUAGAUGGACUACUUGACUCAUGGGGCUUCUCCGCCUCGUACGGAUCUCUUACCACUGAUGGUGACAGCCGGAAAAGGCACGUUAUGAUAACGGAUCUAGGUGUUACGUGUUGGGUUCCCUAUAUCCUGCGUCUCAUAGCUUUGGCCAGGGAUUUCUCAACAGAGAAUCAACCAGCAGAUGGUCUCAAAUCUUCCAUCCUUGAACUUAUCGCGCCGUCCAAAAAUUUGGAAGGUGUCCCAGCUACUAGGACAACGCCACCACAUUGUGUCCCAAGGAUUCGAUUAAAAGACGUAUUAGGGGGCAGACGAGCCUUUUCGGCACAUGAAAUGCUCUUUCUUAUUAGGAGACUGUUGGCAUUGUCGGGUGAAUGCUUUGACUUCUUUCUCGAGCGUAUUAAAUCCGCUAGUCCUCAUCACCUUGCUGAGAAGCCUUCGUUUCUCGCCCAACGGCCUCUCUGGGGUCAUCUGCCUGGCAGCCAGCCUUGGGGCCAACCUUAUGAGAUCAAUGCUGGAGAAGAAGUUUCAUGGUAUGAAACCCAGAGGAUUAUCCUUGGUUUCUGUACUCUUCAGCUACGAUAUGAACUAAGCAAUGCUGUUUAUGAGGGCCGCCUUGACUGGCCUGCAGACGACGUCAAGGCAAUACGACAUAUGGGAAAGGGGGAUCCAUGCGUUCCAAUACUUGAAAAGUCAAACAUCCAGCUGUCAUGGGAGCCCAUGUGGGCAGCGGCAAUUUAUGUCGCGUUUUUGAAAGGGGUUCCUAAUGAAAGUUCCUGUGUGGGAGGCACGCAUAUUGAGCACAACAGAUUGGGGGUUUUCUUUGAUACUGGCUUCCAGCCCUUGAAGGAGGAACACUUGCGAUUACCACGACCGAAAGGCGAAAAUUCAAGUUUGGAGUGGCCAAAGACGGUAGUUCGUCAGCCGAAAGCCUUUUAUUCUGGCAAGGUUUUGUAUCCUCAUGAUGAAAUUGUAAUGUCUGGGAGUAAGGGCUCUCGUUGGGCUGCGGAUAUCUUGUGUCCUCCACGUGGUCGUCGAAUGACUGAAGGGCUGUUGUUUCGCCCAUUCAGGCGCUUGGGAUUUGGUAUUUGGGAUGACGAGCGUAUGGCGCACAUGGAAAUGAUCGAUGAUCCCAGCGCAGAAGGGAAUAAUCCGAGACGGUUUCGUCUUUGGGGCGAGGACCAGGCUUUUACGUGGACAAGUCUCUUGAGUGGUGAGGAGAAGCAGGAGUUACGAGCAUACCAAGAGGUGUUAAGAUUGGAGAAAAAGAAAUAG